GGCGUCCAGGUGGGAGCGGCGGCCAUUACUGCCUCGCCGGCGCGGAGCGGCCCGUGAGGAACGGAGAGAGGCCCUCCCCCCCCGCCACCACCACCACCACCACCCUCAGCGAAAGCAAAUGGCGGACUUCGCGACAGCGGCGCCUCCUCCACACGCAGCCGGAGCCGGAGCGCCGGGCCCCGGGCCCGGGGGAGCGGCAGCGGCUUUCAAGAAGCCGGACGCUUUCGCCGACGCGGUGCAGAGGGCCCGGCAGAUAGCAGCUAAAAUCGGAGGAGAUACUGCCAACACCCCCACCACAACCAAUCACAGCGCCCCCGAAUUUGGAUUCGUUGGUCAGAAGAGACAGCUGGAAGAUGGAGAUCAGCCCGACAGCAAAAAGAUAGCGUCACAGAAUGAUCCUAUCGGAGCUCAGCUGGGAUCGAUGCACCAUCAGCCAAGAGCGGAAGAACAUCGCCCCCGUAACAUGGUGACGGUCACAGAGGAAUACAGAGUACCGGACGGCAUGGUGGGGCUGAUUAUUGGCAGAGGCGGGGAACAAAUAAAUCGAAUCCAGCAAGAAUCUGGGUGUAAAGUACAGAUCGCUCCAGACAGUGGAGGGAUGCCAGAACGUAUCGUGUCGCUGACUGGGAAUCCAGAGGCCAUUCAAACCGCAAAAAUGCUGCUGGACGAGAUUGUAUCCCGGGGGCGAGGAGGACCACCGGGGGGUGGGGGAGGGAGUGUGGGGGGACCACCACACGACGCCACCAACGGUCAGAACGGCUCCAUCCAGGAGAUCAUGAUUCCCGCAGGGAAAGCCGGACUGGUCAUCGGGAAAGGGGGAGAAACCAUCAAACAGCUUCAGGAACGUGCUGGCGUAAAGAUGAUUUUAAUCCAAGACGGUUCACAGAACUCCAACGUGGACAAGCCACUGAGGAUUAUCGGGGACCCUUUCAAAGUGCAGCAAGCGAGAGACAUGGUGAUGGAGAUUCUACACGAGCGCGAGCAGGGAGGGUUCGGAGACCGGAACGAAUUCAAUCCAAGGCCCGGCAAUCCCGGAGUCGGUGCAGGCAUUGGCGGCAUAGACAUCCCGGUGCCUCGGCAUUCGGUGGGAAUCGUUAUCGGACGGAGCGGAGAAAUGAUCAAAAAAAUACAAAACGACGCAGGCGUGCGGAUACAGUUUAAACCAGAUGAUGGGACCACGCCGGACAAGAUCGCUCACGUAAUGGGGCCUCCUGAGCGAUGUCAACACGCCGCUCAAAUCAUCAGCGAUCUCCUGCAGAAUGUGCGGGGCGGCCCGCCCGGACCCCCAGGGCCCGGAAUGCCUGGUCCCGGCCGAGGAAGGGGAAGGGGGCAAGGCACAUGGGGCAUCGGCCCCCCUGGAGGGGAGAUGGCAUUCUCGGUGCCUAGCCACAAGUGUGGGCUCGUCAUUGGCAGAGGAGGUGAGAACGUCAAGGCGAUAAACCAACAGACGGGAGCGUUUGUAGAGCUGCAGCGGCAGCCCCCACCCAACGGGGACCCCAACUUCAAGCUCUUCACCAUCCGCGGCUCCCCCCAACAAAUCGAUCACGCCAAGCAGCUCAUCGAGGAGAAGAUCGAGGGUCCCCUCUGUCCUAUUGGCCCCCCGAUACCUGGGGGCCCAAUGGGACCUUUCCAACCAGGACCGUUUCCCCAAGGACCUCCCGGAGCUCCUCCUCCCCAUCCUGUUGCUGGCGGGCCCCCCCCUCCUCACCAGUACCCCCCCCAGGGCUGGGGCAACACGUACCAGCAGUGGCAGCCACCCGGUGGACCUCACGACCCAAGUAAAGCUCCUGGAGACCCGAACGCUGCAGCCUGGGCAGCUUAUUACCAACAGUAUUACCAGCAACCGGGACCCCCAGUGCCCGCUCCACAGCCAGGCCCCGCACCAGGACCCCCAGGCCCAGCGGAGCCUGCACCACAGCCACAGGCGCCCGGACAGCCUGACUAUACUAAAGCCUGGGAGGAGUACUACAAGAAGCUAGGUCAACAGAACCCCCCUGGCCAGCAACCGGGACCCCAACAGGACUAUACGAAAGCAUGGGAGGAGUACUACAAGAAGCAAGCUCAAAGUGCCCAGGGAGCAGCAGCAGCAGUAGCAGCAGCACCACAGCCAGGAGGAGCCCAGCCCGACUACAGCGCGGCCUGGGCUGAAUACUACAGACAACAGGCAGCUUACUAUGGCCAACCCGCAGGGCCACAGCCCACACCACAGCAGCCACCAGUGCAACUAGGGCAACCGACACAGUGAAGCAGAUGGGGGAGACGAAAUGCAGACUCGGGAGAGAUAUUCCUUUUAACAAUGAUGCAGACUGUCUGAUGAGAAGAUCAAUAGGCUUAGAUUUCCCUAUCACUGUGUGUAAAAAGAUGUUCAUAUUGAGCCAGCCUAGGAGAUAAGAGUCAAGCUAAGCUCCAUCUUCAUCCUCGGGUCUGUCUCUUAUAAUAAAAUCAAAUUAUUAAAAAGUUGAGGGGGAAACAAAACACCUUUUUUGUUUUUAUUUUAAACCUAGAUCACUCAGCUUUUUUUUUUUUAGUUUUAAGGAUAGUUUCAACAUUCCAGUCGACGUACUGUUUGUUUUUUUUUUCCCCCGAAAUUGAAUCCCAAUUCAUUUUACACUGAAAACGAAACAAAAAUGGCUGCUGGUCUGUUUUUUUGGCAUCUUGUUUAUCUUUAUCUGUUUAAAGGUCUUUUUGGGGGGGAAAGAAAAUAAAAUGUAAGCUUGGUUUUUACUUUUUACCGCUCGUUUUACACUUCACAAUAAAUGAUAUAAAAUAA